GGCAGUGCGCAGGCGCGGCGCUGAUGGCGGAGGAGGCCGGCGGUGCCCCCGCCUAGGCCGGAGUAGCAUCCGCCGCCAUCCGCACGAAUUACCAGAGCUACAUAAGCUGAAGCAACUCCGUUGCCAACAUGUUUCUGUACAACCUAACGUUGCAGCGUGCCACAGGCAUUAGCUUUGCCAUCCAUGGCAAUUUCUCAGGAACCAAACAACAAGAAAUUGUUGUUUCCCGGGGCAAGAUCCUGGAGUUGCUGCGCCCCGAUCCCAACACAGGGAAGGUUCACACGCUGCUGACCGUGGAGGUGUUUGGGGUCAUCCGCUCCCUCAUGGCCUUCAGGCUGACGGGGGGCACCAAGGAUUACAUCGUGGUGGGCAGCGACUCGGGGCGCAUCGUCAUCCUGGAGUACCAGCCCUCCAAGAACGUCUUCGAGAAGAUCCACCAGGAGACCUUUGGCAAGAGUGGCUGCCGCAGGAUCGUUCCAGGCCAGUACCUGGCUGUGGACCCAAAGGGCCGCGCUGUCAUGAUCAGUGCCAUUGAAAAGCAGAAGCUGGUGUAUAUCCUGAACAGAGAUGCUGCUGCUCGACUCACCAUCUCCUCCCCUCUGGAAGCCCACAAGGCCAAUACCUUGGUCUACCACGUGGUGGGAGUCGACGUGGGGUUUGAAAACCCAAUGUUUGCUUGUCUGGAAAUGGAUUAUGAGGAAGCAGACAAUGAUCCAACAGGUGAAGCUGCAGCCAACACACAGCAGACAUUGACAUUUUAUGAACUGGACUUGGGUUUGAACCAUGUUGUCAGGAAAUACAGUGAGCCCCUGGAAGAGCAUGGCAACUUCCUCAUAACAGUUCCUGGUGGUUCUGAUGGCCCCAGUGGGGUGCUGAUCUGUUCUGAAAACUACAUUACUUACAAAAACUUUGGUGACCAGCCUGAUAUCAGAUGCCCAAUUCCCAGGAGACGGAAUGACUUGGAUGAUCCAGAGAGGGGUAUGAUCUUUGUCUGCUCUGCUACACAUAAGACCAAGUCCAUGUUCUUCUUCCUGGCCCAGACAGAGCAGGGAGACAUCUUCAAAAUUACUCUGGAGACUGAUGAAGACAUGGUAACAGAGAUUCGACUGAAGUACUUUGACACUGUUCCUGUUGCUGCUGCCAUGUGUGUUCUGAAAACAGGAUUUCUCUUUGUGGCAUCUGAAUUUGGAAACCAUUACCUGUACCAGAUAGCUCACCUGGGGGAUGAUGAUGAGGAGCCAGAGUUUUCCUCUGCCAUGCCUCUUGAGGAAGGAGACACAUUCUUUUUCCAGCCCCGACCUCUGAAGAACCUGGUGCUGGUGGAUGAGUUGGACAGUUUGUCUCCUAUUCUGUGUUGUCAGAUAGCAGAUUUGGCCAAUGAAGACACACCCCAGUUGUAUGUGGCUUGUGGUCGGGGGCCCAGGUCAUCCCUGAGGGUUUUGAGACAUGGGCUUGAGGUAUCUGAAAUGGCUGUCUCAGAGCUGCCUGGUAACCCCAAUGCUGUAUGGACUGUGAGGAGACAUGUUGAAGAUGAAUUUGAUGCCUACAUUAUCGUGUCCUUCGUAAAUGCCACACUGGUGCUGUCUAUCGGAGAGACUGUAGAGGAAGUGACUGACUCUGGAUUCCUGGGCACUACACCAACCUUGUCCUGCUCCCUUCUUGGUGAUGAUGCUUUGGUGCAGGUUUAUCCAGAUGGGAUCCGGCACAUCCGAGCAGAUAAAAGAGUAAAUGAAUGGAAGACACCAGGGAAGAAAACCAUUGUAAAAUGUGCUGUGAACCAAAGACAAGUAGUCAUAGCCCUGACUGGAGGAGAGCUGGUUUACUUUGAGAUGGACCCGUCAGGACAGCUGAAUGAGUACACAGAGAGAAAGGAGAUGUCUGCUGAUGUCGUUUGCAUGAGCCUGGCCAACGUUCCCCCUGGGGAGCAGCGUUCCCGGUUCCUUGCUGUUGGACUGGUGGACAACACUGUCAGAAUUAUUUCACUUGACCCUUCAGAUUGUUUACAGCCCCUGAGUAUGCAGGCACUGCCUGCACAGCCCGAGUCGCUGUGCAUCGUGGAGAUGGGUGGCACAGAGAAACAGGAUGAGCUGGGAGAGAGGGGCUCCAUUGGCUUUCUGUACCUGAACAUUGGACUGCAGAACGGUGUGCUGCUGCGGACCGUCCUGGACCCCGUCACCGGUGACCUGUCUGACACCAGGACGCGCUACCUCGGCUCCCGGCCCGUCAAACUCUUCCGUGUGCGCAUGCAAGGCCAGGAGGCGGUGCUGGCCAUGUCAAGCCGUUCCUGGCUUAGUUAUUCCUAUCAAUCACGCUUCCACCUGACUCCCCUGUCUUAUGAGACACUGGAGUUUGCAUCUGGCUUUGCUUCUGAGCAGUGCCCUGAGGGCAUUGUGGCCAUCUCCACAAACACAUUGAGGAUUUUGGCACUGGAGAAGCUGGGAGCAGUCUUCAACCAGGUUGCCUUCCCCUUGCAGUACACACCCCGAAAAUUUGUCAUUCACCCAGAGAGCAACAACCUGAUCAUCAUCGAGACAGACCACAAUGCUUACACUGAGGCCACCAAGGCUCAGAGGAAGCAGCAAAUGGCUGAGGAAAUGGUGGAGGCUGCAGGUGAGGAUGAGAGGGAACUGGCUGCAGAGAUGGCUGCAGCCUUUCUGAAUGAGAAUCUUCCUGAGUCCAUCUUCGGUGCUCCCAAGGCAGGGAAUGGUCAGUGGGCCUCUGUUAUCAGAGUGAUGAACCCCAUCCAGGGAAAUACAUUAGAUCUGGUUCAGCUGGAGCAGAAUGAAGCUGCUUUCAGCGUGGCCGUGUGCCGCUUCUCCAACACGGGAGAUGAGUGGUACGUGCUGGUGGGAGUCGCCAAGGACCUGAUCCUGAACCCACGCUCAGUUGCUGGGGGGUUUGUCUACACAUACAAGCUGGUGAAUAGUGGUGAGAAGCUGGAGUUCCUGCACAAGACCCCUGUGGAGGAGGUUCCUGCAGCCAUUGCUCCAUUCCAAGGCCGAGUGUUAAUUGGAGUUGGGAAGCUGCUGCGUGUGUAUGACCUGGGCAAGAAGAAACUACUUCGGAAAUGUGAGAACAAGCACAUUGCCAACUACAUCUGUGGGAUCCAAACCAUUGGGCACAGAGUGAUUGUUUCAGAUGUUCAGGAGAGUUUCAUCUGGGUGCGUUACAAAAGGAAUGAGAACCAGCUCAUUAUCUUUGCUGAUGACACUUACCCCCGGUGGGUCACCACAGCAACACUCCUGGAUUACGACACUGUGGCUGGGGCAGACAAGUUUGGUAACAUCUGUGUGGUGAGAUUGCCUCCCAACACCAAUGAUGAGGUAGAUGAGGAUCCCACAGGCAACAAAGCUCUCUGGGACAGGGGCCUGCUUAAUGGAGCAUCGCAGAAGGCUGAAGUGAUUAUGAAUUACCACGUGGGAGAAACGGUGCUUUCCUUGCAGAAGACCACACUGAUUCCAGGAGGCUCUGAAUCUCUUGUUUAUACAACCUUAUCAGGGGGAAUAGGAAUCUUGGUCCCUUUUACUUCCCAUGAGGAUCACGACUUCUUCCAGCAUGUGGAAAUGCACUUACGGUCUGAGCACCCUCCUCUCUGUGGACGGGACCAUCUCAGCUUCCGCUCCUACUACUUCCCAGUGAAGAACGUGAUUGAUGGGGACCUGUGUGAGCAGUUCAACUCCAUGGAGCCCAACAAACAGAAGAAUGUGGCCGAGGAGCUGGACCGGACCCCACCCGAGGUGUCCAAGAAGCUGGAGGACAUCCGCACGCGCUACGCGUUCUGAGUGGCGGCUGGCAGGGGCAGAAAUGCUCCUGGCUCCUCUGGGUGCUCCUCCAGGCACCAUCCAGAGGAGGAAUGUGUGCUUUUUUUCCCCCCUUUUCAAAUAUUGGUUUGGUCCUCUUGGUUUGUGUUUCAAAGUAACGUGACUCCAGUAAAUACAGUAUCAGCCAUUAGGUUUCCCGACACAUCCCGCUGCCUAUGUGAAGGCUCCUGACAUUCCGGCUUCUGGCCAGAGCAGUUCUCUCUUGGGAAGUGCCCAAGCAGGGCCUCCAGCUGACCCUCAGCCCCAUCUCCUUGUCCUCACUUUUGGAUGGGGGAGUCCUUCAGGGUCUUGCUGAAAGUUCUGUAGGGCAGAUCC